AUAGGAAGUGAAAGUGUCCCGGAAGGGUCGGCCUUUCUGCGCACGCAGAGGAAGCAGCUGGAGUGGCUGCGCGGUGCGGGCUGUAACCGGUUGAGUGGGGUUGUGGUGGUCGGAGGUCUCACAACACCGCAGUCAUGUCUAUUAUGUCCUAUAACGGAGGGGCCGUCAUGGCCAUGAAGGGGAAGAACUGUGUGGCCAUCGCUGCCGACAGGCGCUUCGGGAUCCAGGCCCAGAUGGUGACCACGGACUUCCAGAAGAUCUUUCCCAUGGGUGAUCGGCUGUACAUAGGCCUGGCUGGUCUCGCCACCGAUGUGCAGACUGUGGCCCAGCGCCUCAAGUUCCGGCUGAACCUGUAUGAGCUGAAGGAAGGCCGGCAGAUCAAGCCCUACACGCUCAUGAGCAUGGUGGCCAACCUCCUGUAUGAGAAGCGGUUUGGUCCCUACUACACGGAGCCUGUCAUCGCUGGGUUGGACCCGAAGACCUUUAAGCCCUUCAUUUGCUCUCUAGACCUCAUCGGCUGCCCCAUGGUGACUGAUGACUUUGUGGUCAGCGGCACCUGCUCCGAACAAAUGUACGGCAUGUGCGAGUCCCUCUGGGAGCCCAACAUGGAUCCGGAACACCUGUUUGAAACCAUCUCGCAAGCCAUGCUGAAUGCCGUGGACCGGGACGCAGUGUCGGGCAUGGGCGUCAUCGUCCACAUCAUAUGUUUUGUGACUUUCUCCCCCUGCAGUGAGAAGGACAAAAUCACCACCAGGACACUGAAGGCCCGCAUGGACUAACCCUCUUUUUUUUUUUUUUUUUUUUUUUAAAUAAAUAAAUAGUUUUUCUUUCA